UCCAAAUUGAAAAUCUUUCAACAUUCUCUCAAAAGCACCUGAAUCAAAAGAUUUAAUUACCCAUUUAAGAAGCAGAAAUCUUAAGCUUAAUCUUUCAAUUAUUCAAUACCCAAUUCAUAUUUUCCAAUUUCAAGCUAAAUUUCUAAAUACCCAGUUCAUAUUUUGCAGUUUUAAGCUUAAUUCAUUAAUACCCAUUUCGUAAAAGGAUGAGUAUAAUCAGUAAUUUUGAAACCGACUUAGCAGUUCUUGAGUCGAUCAAGCGUCACUUACUAGAAGAUUGGGAUCCAAGAAUCGCCGGAGCUUCGUUUAUGGCGACAGGAUCAGGCCCAAUUUAUCGCCGGAAUUCCAGCUUUAGUAGGUUAUACCCUUGUUUAACUGAUAAUUGGGGUGAAUUACCAUUAAAAGAAGAUGAUUCUGAAGAUAUGGUUGUUUUUGGGGUUCUCCGAGACGCCGUUCACACCGGAUGGUCGCCGGAAUCCGGGUCGGAAAUCGACUCAGGUUCGCCGGCGCCAGUGGUGGUCAAGUCGGAGCCGGUGGAAUCUCCGGUGAGAGUUUCCGGCGGUGAAUCCCCGGCGGCCACCGUGGCGAUGGCGGCUCCGAUAAGGGGGAAGCAUUAUCGGGGUGUCCGAAGGCGGCCGUGGGGGAAGUUUGCGGCGGAGAUCCGAGACCCGGCCAAGAACGGGGCUCGGGUUUGGCUCGGAACGUUCGAGACAGCCGAGGACGCGGCCCUGGCCUACGACAGGGCCGCGUUCCGGAUGCGCGGCUCGAAGGCGUUGCUAAAUUUCCCACUCCGAAUCAACUCGGGUGAGCCCGACCCGGUUCGGAUCACUUCAAAGCGAUCAUCACCCGAGAGAAGCACGUCAUCACUUUCGUCAUCAUCGUGUACGUCAUCAGAUAAUGGGUCCCCCAAAAGAAGAAAGAAAGGGAGUGUGGUUGGACAAGUUGGAAAUGGAGUUGAGGGUUUACAAGUGGGAUGCCAAGUUGGUGUGGGCUCAAUGCCACUUGGCGAUCAACUAUUAGUUAGUUAAAUAUUGUACAAUAUCUUUAUUAUUAGAAUUAAAAGGGUGAAUGUUGUCAAUUGUCAUUAUGUGCUUAAUUAUAGAUUAGGAUGGCUAGCCUGUCAAUGGUUUUGGUGAAUUGUGAAUAUAGUUUCUUGGUUUGUUAAUUGA